CACUACAGCCCUCUGCCACUGCAUUGCUACUAUAAGUACUCCGGUAUCGCUACCUCGCUCCACUGCCAUGGACGAAGUCAUGCCCCCGCGCUGGGAAACUGAGGGCCUCCGCCCACCGGAGCUACCCGGGGACCCUAUGGAGUUCCUCUCCCGCUCUUGGAGCGUCUCCGCCCUCGAGGUCUCGAAGGCCCUCGCGCCGAUGCCCCCGACACAGGGCAUGAUCCUAGAAGAGGACGCUGAAGAGCCCUCGACUGCCAUCGCCGGGAACCCCUUCUCCUUCGCCUCCUCCACUACCUCGCAGAUGAUUUUGGAGCGGAUAAUGUCGCAGUCGGAAGUGUCUCCUCUGACGUCUGGCCGGCUUUCUCACAGCAGCGGCCCUCUCAUCGGCGGAGGAUCGCUCUCCGAUAGCCCUCCAGUCUCCCCCUGUGAAAUGGAUGAGCUCAAGUCCUACCGGAGCAAUAAUACUCCUAAGCCUCAACACCACAGAGUAACCAGCAAGACGGUAGGAAGGUGGCUCAAAGACAGAAGGGAGAGGAAGAAAGAGGAGACUCGGGCACAGAAUGCACAGCUUCAUGCUGCAGUUUCAGUAGCCAGUGUUGCUGCAGCAGUUGCGGCUGUCGCAGCUGCAACUGCUGCCGCCUCAGGAUGUGGAAAAGAUGAUCGUGCUACUAGGAUUGAUAUGGCAGUCGCAUCAGCUGCCACUCUUGUUGCAUCACAAUGUGUGGAAGCUGCAGAGUUGAUGGGCGCAGAGCGUGAGCACCUGGCUUCUGUCGUCGGUUCUGCUGUUAACGUAAGGACUCCUGGAGAUAUUGUUACUCUCACUGCAGCUGCUGCGACGGCACUGAGAGGGGCAGCAACUUUGAAGGCAAGGGCACUCAAAGAUGCGUGGAACAUUGCUGCAGUGAUACCAGUGGAGAAGGGAACACUGAAUAAUCGCAACCAUCAACGCCAAAGCAAUCGACGAAAGGAACUAGAAAGCAAUGGCAGUGGCUUUAGUGAUGAGCUUAUUCCCGAGGAAGAUAACUUCUUAGGCAUUUGUAGCCAGGAAUUCCUUGCCAAGGGAACCGAUCUCCUAAAACGCACUCGAAAAGGUGUACUUCACUGGAAGAUAGUAUCGGUCUACAUUAAUAUAUUGGGUCAGGUGAUACUGAAGAUGAAGAGUAAGCAUAUUGCUGGAACUAUUACCAAAAAGAAAAAGAGUGUGAUCAUAGAUGUCUGCAAGGACAUCCAGGCAUGGCCAGGGCGGCACCUGCUGGAAGGUGGUGAGCUACGUCGGUACUUUGGCUUGCGGACAGCGGAGCACCGUGUCAUUGAAUUUGAGUGUUUGAACGAUAGGGACCAUGAGUUGUGGACACAUGGAGUAGCGAGGCUCCUCAGCAUUGUUAAUGAGAAGAAGAACCUGAUCUGACUUUGGCAGCUGCUGCCGACACUUACCAGAUCUAGCACCAGAUCUGAGAAGAGAAGGCUGUGCAUGACCCACUUGAAUUAAUUGAGAAGCUGGAUAAGAAUGAUUACAAUCAGAUAAUGUCUGUGAAGAAGAGGGUUCUCCAUUUGUAAAGUCUCAGACUCUCAGAUAUGAUUUAGACCUCAAUCAAUUGGAUGUUUGCUUAUUAGGUAUUUUUGCUCUAAAGUUGUGGAAUAUUUGGUGCAUAUAUAUGCUUCUUCUUCCAGGGAAAAAGGAACCAGAUCAGAAUCUUAAGAAACAAGAAAACACUUGAGGCUGGUGAUUCACAUAGCACGAUAACAACAGCGCCAGAAUUGGUCGGAGUGGGAAAACUACUGAAGAUUACGAAUCCCUCGCAUGCUUUAACUUUUCCUAGACAUGUAUAGAUUUAGAUAGAAGGUUCAAUGUCUCAUGCGCUGGGAAUAUUGUUUAUAGCUUUUUUUGCUUUUGGAAUGAUCGAAUGUAUGACUCUUUGAAGCAGUGGUCCUUACUCCUUACAUAAAAGCUUCAGGCAGUAUUUGGAUUUUUCAA